AUGGCGCAUGCUGCAUGCGGCGGCGGACGUGGACGUGGACGUGGACGUGGUCGCUCUGCUCUGUCACCUCUACUAGGCUGCCUCCUCGUCUUCUCGCUGCUCUGCCUCCGCGCCGUCGUCUGCCGCGCACAGGAGCCGGGGCACGGGCAGCUGCAGCCCAGGAGGGCAACUCGCGGGAGCAAAAGGAGCUGGCGUUCCAGGAGGAGCAAGGAGCUGGCGUUCAGCAGGGAGGCCCGCAUCUACCAGGGCGCGAUCCAGGUCUCCCCGGACACCGGCAACGUCGGCAGCUACCAGGACAUCAUGGUCAACAAGUCCGGCUCCGUGCUCCUCCAGCGCCGCUUCACCAUGUGGCGCCGCGUCGACAAUGGCAGUGGCAGUGCCACGGCCCCGCGCGUCCAGUCCCGCGACGAGCCGCCCCCCGACAGCUACGGCGGCUACCUCGGCCUCACCAACGCCACGCUCGAGGCCAACCCAACCCCGGCGAGGAACUGCUUCAUGGCCGUCGAGUUCGACACCACGAAGCAGGACUACGAUCCCAGCGACAACCACGUCGGCUCUGUCGUGUCUGUCAAGGUGGCAGGUGCCCGGCCCCGUACACCGCGAGGUGCGCCAGUGAGCCCGACCGCUGCACGUACGCCGCGAGCUCGCCGGCAUCCGUCCGCCACAGGCGCACAGGCCGUCCCAGCGCACCCUGGCCAGCCACGCCUCCAUGGACACGACGCCGUCCCGGAGGUUGCGGACACCCUGGUACAGUAG